UACUUUCCACGUAAAACAGUUUAAUUAAAAUGCUUGUUUACGCGAAGUGAAAGAGGAAGACCAGCCAUUCUGGCUGGGUGAAGUGAACGGUCGACGAUAGUGGAAUAGUUUCCUCAAGUGAAUUAGUAUUUGGGUUGAAUGUUGCAACUGUUGUUUGCAAGAACUGCGACCUUAAGCCAACUUCCGGCAUCUUAAAAAUCAAUGGUUCCUCGAUGGCAAAGCCAUCGAUGGGACUUGAAUUCGAGUUGCGCGACCCUGACUUGAAUUCUUCGGCCAAGGCAAGGUCGGGCCUGAGAACUGUGGAGUUUUCUUAGUUCAGCAGCGAAUUUCGCACAAUUAGUUAAGGAAUUUGCUUGGAACUUCCAUUUGGCUCUCUUUACUAAAUGGGAAAUACUCUCAGGGUGUUCACAAUGAACUAACUAGCCAGAUUGACUAUGAAUUUUACAUUUUUAUGCGUAAUAAAACCAAUUUAAUUCCCUUCAAUUAAUGCUCAAGUUGGCUCGGACUAAAACCGGUGAUGUUUCCUUGAAACUCUACUUCUUGUAUUUAUAUAUAAAACAAGUGGUGUGGUCGCUUUUGUUUUUAUUCGCGCACAACUACAAGGAAGUGAUCAGUGUCAAUAUACACGGACAAGAGUGAUAGUGAAUUAUUGGAUAACAUUACCAGUUUCGGUUGCCCAAAUCUCACAUGAUGAAAUUCAACCUCAACAUCGUGUGCGCUUUUUGCGUUGCUUCCAUCGUCAAAGCUGCUCCGCUCAUCUCAACUUACAACCUCAUAUCGCCUUACCAACUUUCUGCGGCCCAGCAUUAUUCUUCGCCUUCAAUUGACAGCGUCCCUCAGCAGUAUUAUGCCGGAUUAGGAUCACUAGAGCCAGUCGCGGCUCAUCCCGCUGCUUUAGCAACCGCCAUCGAGGAAUCUUCAAUCCCCAUCGGUCUGAAGAAGUCGGAACCGUUCUACGGGAACCCAUUUAUAGCCGAUGCCUUAGCCAAAGAGUCGCUGAACUUCAACAAAGAAACGGUGGUUUUCGACCGUCCAUCCGAGCAAAUUGACCGAAGGGAAAUCGCCAAAUUAAUAAACAGUUUGAAAAGGGUGCAUCAUGAAGCCAAAUAAAUGUUUUAACUGUG